CUCGGUUAGAGGUCGAUAUAGUCCGUACAUCAAUUCUAAGUAGCAGUGACUGAGGCUCCUCAGUACUGCAUAGCUAUUUAAUAGCUGUUGCCUUACAUAUACGUCACGUAUGUUCAUUUAGCCCGUCUGAGUCACCCUGUCUGAUGAUAUCAAGUUGUGACGCCUUGUAAAUCAGGCGCCAUAAGACAAUACGGUCACGUGCCGAGAUGCGCAAACAAUUUUUGGCACGGUCCAGGAUGGUCACCAAUUUGACAACACCAAUUAAUCACAAAAUGGCUGCCAGGGAACCAUCUAGGUUCCUUUCAAGGGCAUUGCCCAGGGCCUCAGUACCCUCAAUCCGCCCGCAGGGCUUUUUAUCACGCCGCAAUGUCUCUGAUGAAGCCCCGUCGCGGCGCCUGUCGGACCACCUGAGCGAGCUGGAAUCGGCGUCGUCUCUGUCGACACCUGUGCCUGAGAGUGCAGCACAAUCAUUCGAUCCCGUUGCACGAGCAAAGGCUCGCAAGACUCAGCUCCCCCGUGGCCGAUACCAAUUCCGCUCCCCCAAGUACGACCGUGGUCCCCUUCACCCUCACCAACCGCCUCCUGCAUCCGAUCCCUCCUCCCGUCUGUUUGUCCCAGGCCCAUUCUCCGCCCCCCGAGCGGAGCAGACUUACGACGCAACCGUCGCCGCGGACAUCAUGAGUCUGUGCUACGUUCACACGCCGCCUGGCUUCACGCCUCCCCCGAAAGCACCCCGUCUCCGCGAAUGGGACGACAGCUCCCCCUACCACAAGAACCGUGUGCUCCGCGGACCCCGUGGUGGCGAUGUCCUGCGCCUCCUCCGUAAGCCGAUCAAGUUCAACAACAUCCCCGAAAUCGAGCGCAUCACAAUCCACAGCUACGUCAACAAGGCCGCCACCGAGAACUCAUCCUGGCUGCACGUGGCCGGUAUCGCUGUCCAGGCUAUCUCCAACGUCCGCGUUGAGACUUUCAAGUCCAAGACCAGCGUUGCUAACUGGGGUAUUGUCCCCGGCCGUGACUCUGUUGCCGUCAAGGCUGAGCUGUACGGCGAGAACAUGUACCACUUCUUGGGUAAGCUGGUUGAUGUUGUCUUGCCCCGUAUCAAGGACUGGGAAGGUGUCAAGGGUACCAGCGGUGACAGCAGUGGAAACAUCACCUUCGGUAUGGAACCGGAAAAUGUUGCCCUGUUCCCCGAGAUUGAGGUCAACUACGAUAUGUACCCUCCUAAGAUGAUCCCCGGUUGCCACAUCACUCUCCACACUAGUGCCAGAACCGACAAGGAUGCCCGUCUCCUCCUGAGCGCCAUGGGUAUUCCCUUCUACGGAAAAAUCGUAAACUAAAGUGGUUCUACAUCUGGCGACAUCUUGGCUUUUUAUUAUAUCUCCACUUGGAUGGUCUUUUGAUAUCCAGCUUGUAACUUUAGAAACGACCUGCAUAAUGGUCAUUGUGAUUAUCCGGAAUCGUGUACUAUUUUCUUUCAAUUUCAUUCUACAUUUACAGCGAGAAUUAUAU